CGAUCAUACCGAAAUUUCCAACACUCAUUCCUACUUUCAUCGUCUGCAAUGUCUGCUUUGGCGGCGAGCAUUGCGGCGCAGGCGGCGAGCAGGCUUCCCGCUGUGCUCGAGCAUUGCCGCAGCAUCGUCGCAUCGGCAUCCUCCUCGCCAUCCUCACCAUCCACACUCGUGCUGGAGCAGCAGCGCCUCGGAGCUGCAAUCCAGGCGUACUUUGGCUGCGCAGACGCGGCGGACGAUCGCCAGCGACGAGCGAGCGCAGAGGCCGUUUUGGCGGGAACUCUUGCCGACCUCAUCCUCAGUGAAUGCAGGGAAUCGCUGCGAGCUCAAGCUGCACCGGCGUUCUGGGCUGUGCUGGCCAACACACCGCAGCCAGAUCAGAGCAACUCGGGAGCCAUCGCCACUUGGCUGGCCAAGAACAUGCAGGCGGCAUUCGCCGUACUAGAAGCGAGCAUUGCUGCCCACGAAACGCUGUUCGAGGCCGUCUUGGACUUUGCUCAAUCCAUUCCCUCCUUGUCCGCUGCUAUUCGAGCUUUCAAUGUCAAUACGGAAGCGGGAGCUAUCGUGUUCGCCCGGCCACUGCCCGAGUUUGCCGCGAUGGUGGAGCAAUUUGUCACUUUGUCGUACUGGGCACAUGCGGUAGUCCACGAUGAUGUGCCUAACGACUGGCACAAGCGCAUCUGCGACGAUGUGCCUGAAGAAGCGAUCGAAGCGCUGCAACAGGCAGUCGGGGCCGCGACAGCCGCCGUGUUUUCCGUGUGCCAACGACGAAAGCUCCAGCAUCGCGUUCUAAUGCCCUUUGUCCUGUCGCAGCUUGACAUCCUGGUCAAGGCACAGACCGAGGCGAUGGCAAACUUGUUUGCAGACUCCUGUCAUGAAGCGGCAGGUCAAUGGAUUGACACGUAUCCAGCUCCCUGGCUGCGACAUGUGCUAGGCGAGUCCGACGAGUGCGACCAGUUGAUUUCGUACCUGAAGACACAAUGGCUGUCGCAAUCCCUUGCUGCGCUUCGCACAACCGAGCUGUUUGAUAUUAUUGUCGACUACCCAGAGUCUGCGAACGCUCUAUCGGAUCUUCGCGCUCUUCUCAUCCAUCCACAACAACGAGCAGCGCUUGUGCAAACUCUUCGUGCAUCGUUUGAACGGCGAUUGCUUCAUCCUGGUGCCAACACACCCGAUAUUCUGACCCAAUACAUCUCGGCCAUCAGAGCCUUGCGCCAGCUGGAUGAGUCGGGCGUGAUUUUGGAGCAAGUUUGCGCUCCUGUUCGCGAGUACUUGUUCGGUCGCGAGGACACAAUCCGAUGUAUCGUGUCGAGCCUUGUUGACGAUGCAGAGAGCGAUCUGCGCGAUGAGCUCGCCAACACAAACGCGUCCGCAAAUGCGGACAGCGAUGUGAGCGAUACGGAAGACGCGACCGACAGUUGGAAUCCCGUGCCUCUGAAUGCCGACUUGACGCAGCCUUCCAGCUUGCGAAAGACGUCCGAUAUUAUCAGUUUGCUGAUUAGCAUCUACGGUAGCAAGGAGCGUUUUGUGGACGAGUAUCGAGCACUGCUGUCCGAUCGUUUAAUCUCCACCUUGAGUUAUGACAUUGACAAAGAACUCCGCAAUCUCGAGCUGCUCAAGCUUCGGUUCGGCGAGGCGAACAUGCUUUUCAGUGAAGUCAUGCUCCGCGACAUCACCGAGUCCAAGCGCAAUAACACAAGCGUGCAAGAGCGUAUGCCGGAAUCCGUCAAGCUGGAUUUCCCAUUGAAUGUAAUCAUCCUUUCGAGACUUUAUUGGCCAAACUUUAAGACUGAGCCCACUCCUCUGCCGAAGCCUGUUGAAGACUUCAUGAAGGCCUAUGAAGCAGCGUUCGAGAUACUGAAGCCAACACGCGCCCUGCAUUGGAAACACAGUGUCGGCAUCGUCACCAUUUCCCUCGAUUUUGAGGAUGGUGAACUUGAAUUCUCAGUUGCGCCUGCAAUGGCCUCCCUAAUUAUGCUUUUUGAACGAGACGAUCCCUGGACGCUCGGUGAACUCGUCGAAGCCACCGAAUCAUCUACAGCAGUCGUUCGAAAGCGUCUGGCCUUCUGGAUUGCCCAGCGGGUGGUGAUUGAAAGCCCGGCAGACACUUUCAGCGUGAUUUCAAAAAUCGCCGACCAGGGUGUGCCUUUGCAAGGAAUCGAUGCCGAUAGCGAUGAAGAGGACGCCCUGCACAACAUUGACGGCGAAGCCGGCGAGGAGGCCGAGGGCGACGAAGAGCUGGAUGUCACGCAGUGCUUCAUGUUUGUUAGCAUGAUGCUGACGAACUUGGGAUCGCUACCCGCCGACCGCAUGCUCACGAUGAUGGGCAUGUACGCGCCAACGAUGCCGAUCGAUGAUCGCUCCUUUCGGCGGUUCCUUAGCAACAUGGUUGCAGAUGGCAAGCUGGCGACAUCUGGGGGCGAAUAUCAGCUUGUGAAAUGAAUGAGCGACGCUGCGCAUCGUUGUAGCGUGAAGUUGAUUCAAUGUUUAAUUUAACCAUACAAACUAUCAGCACACAA